GCUGCACCUGCCAGAUGACAGCAAAAAAUCUUUAAAAAUGAAUGACUUUAUUACCAUAUUUGUCUUUGGGAGGCAAUUAUGGCUGCUAGGAAAGCCCAAACACUAUGUUAAUAAGUGACGGCGUUUGAGCCAAGCGAAUUUGGCUGGCAAAUUUAUAUAAAUAGCGUUGGCGACAGUGAAUGAAGAUGGCGGUCAAUUUAACAAGGCUUCUCGCUCUUUUCAGUGUCUUUUGUGUCCUGGCUGAAACAGCUGGAUCUCUCCGUAUUAAGAAUGUAUCGUCUUGGGCGGAUGAGUUGGGAAGAGUGCUGUUUGAGUUCUUCAACAAUACCACCCAGUACAGCAAAAUUCAAGAGGACUACCAUCAAUCUAGUAAGCUUUCGACCAUCGAUAGAAAUGGAAGUGCGAUUGCGGAGAAGAUGAAACACCGCCUGGAGGGUAUUUUGCAAGGAAAGAUUGAGUCUAUCAGGAAUCUUGCUUCAAAGGCUGCAGAACUCAGAAAGAAUUACACUUACAAGACUGGAUCUGAAAUUGAACAGACUGAGUAUUUUAACACUAAGGAUCUGACAGGCUUGCCUCUGGAAAGAGACCCAAAGUUUUCUGAUAAAGUUGCUAUUAACAAGUCUAGCAGUGUUGUACACAUACCAACUGAUGUUUACAGUAGGGGGGUGAAAAUUCUCAAUACCAUUAAUUGGACGGAUGGACUGAAUAAAUACUUCAAAGAAAAUGAACAGAAAGACCCUUCACUAUUGUGGCAGUAUUUUGGAAGCUCUGAUGGAGUUUACAGGGUGUAUCCAGGUUUCGAGUGGAGGAAUAGUGGGACAGACGUCUACGACAAUAGAAGACGCAGCUGGUAUAUUCAAGGAUCAAGUGCACCGAAAGACUUAAUUAUGGUGCUAGACUUAAGUGGCAGUAUGGCUGGUCAAAAACUGUCCAUUCUUAGACUUGCAUCAUUGUCAUUGCUUGAAACACUGCAAGAAAACGACUUUGUUAAUAUUGUUGCAGUGUAUGAAGGAGAACCUGUAAUGUUGUGUCAGUUGAAGAAAGAUGGGAAAUGCAGCAGGCAACUGUUGCAAGCCACUGCCCAGAAUAAAAAGUUUUUACAGCAGUUUAUUCCUCAAAAUACUUUUGCUAAGGGGAUUGCAAAAGCCAGUACUGGAUUUCAAUUAGCUAUUGAUGUGUUGAAGGACUCAAGAGAAAAGCAGAAUUUUUCAUCAUCAAACUGUACACAAGCAAUUGUUCUUUUCACUGAUGGAAUGGAGGACAGCCAAUACAAACUAAGUAAAGAAAUAUUUAACAAGGAAAACAAAGAUGAAAAGAUCCAUGUUUUUACUUACCUUGUUGGGAGUGAAAAAGGAGCCAAGUUUGAGCCAUUGAAGGACAUUUCUGAUACUAAUGGAGGUUGCUUGUUUUAUAUACAAACCCUCUCAGAUGUCAGGGAGAAAGUUCUGUCAUAUGUAUCAGUGCUCAGUCGUCCAUUAGCCUUUGCUAAGGGUGGACCAGACACAUCCUGGACCCCAAUUUACCUUGAUCAACUGGGACUCGGCUUAAUGAUCACACUUGUGGCUCCAGUGUUUAACAUCACCAGUCCUGAAGAUAAAGGACAACUGCUGGGAGUGGUGGGAACAGAUAUGCCAUUACCACAACUGGAGGGCACUGUCCCAUUGAGUGAGGUCGGGGUGAAUGGGUAUGGCUUUGCAAUAAACAACAAUGGCUUUGUAGUGUUCCAUCCAGGCCUCAAUAAGAAGUGGGUUAGGAAGCAUGGCGAACCGCCCAAAGAAGCAAAAUUGGCUGAUAACAAAUUUAAAGAUCCCCCGAACAUUGCCCUAAAUGAAGUGGAAUACAAUCAGGAAGGUGCCAAGAAGCUUAUGCGCGAGAUGAUUGAUCGAGUGACUGGAAACAUGAAGUUUAAAAAUCGCUUGAUAUCUGAUGACAAGCUCAGACUAAGCUUGGAGGACGAUUUUCACUUCUUCUACAGUCCUGUGGACAACACAUCUUUCAGUGCUGCUGUUGCUAUCCCUAACUAUGGUCUCAAAUUGCUUCAGGCAAAAGGCAUGAACGUCGAUGAUGCAGAUGUAGAGACGUAUUUAUCCAGCUCUAAGAAUGACGAGGAUGUGAUAGUAGCUCCUUGGGAGAUAUGUCGAGGCACUCCGGUGGCUGCAAAGGAGACGACGCCAGUGUACAAACCAUCAACUCCAAAUGCUACUGACAUAAUCGAUGACACGAAUCGAAGCAAUAAUUGUGAUAAAUAUAAGCUGCAAAAUUUGCUUUUUGAUGCAAAUUUGACGAAAGAGAGAGCAAGCAAAAAAUGGAAUGCCAAAAAAAUGGAAGAAGACAAAAUUCACAGUGUGUUCGUAGCAACACAUGGAGGCAUUAUGAGAUUUCUGAAGACAGGGUCUGCAGCACCAUUUACAACGCGAGACUUCAUGAAGGAGCAGUUCUACAAAGAAGCUGCCCAAUAUGCUCAAAAAGAAAAAAAAGGCCUUGUUCUUUCAAUUUCCUACAGAGGACAAAACAAAGGCAACCAACCAGCGAGUAAUGAAUCGAUCGUCAUCAAUGCAAGUUCUGCUAUUGUGAAGGACGGCGUUGUUGCUGCAGUGGCUGGAAUGCAAUUUGAUCAGGAAAAAAUGCAAGAAAUCUUCAAUACAACUGCUGGAAGCGAGGUCAAUUGUCAGGAUUCAGAGGUGUACUGCCGACUGAUCAACGAUGAUGGCCUCAUACUAGCAUCAAAUCAAAAGGAUAAUGAGGUUGGAGAAUUCUUUGGCGUUCCAGAGGGAGCAGUUUUGAAGCAUUUCCUCAAUAACUCGCAGUUUAAAGAAUUUAAUUUUAGCAACAUACAAGGAGAGUGCAAAAAGCCUCAGAAAAUCGUAUCCAGUGCUCGGACACUUCUGAAUCCUCUCUUUGCAGUGUCAUCGUAUGUACAAUUCUGGACCCAGACUGUUUUUUGGUCUUUGAUGCAGUUCAACAUAUACAGUUUCUUUUCUCGUGGUAAUACGGCCCUGGCGGAAGAAGAAGAGGAGAUGAAAAUUCCUUGUACGCAAGAACUCAAAUUUUACAAAGGAGAAAAUUUUACAGAAAGGAAAGAAGAUGAUAUGGUUUGUCCAGAAUCCGAUUCCAAUUGUGAUAAACUAACUUGGAUUGUGUACCCAGCACGUGUUAAGAAUACAAAUCUUCUGUUGGUGAUAGUUAAGAAGAAUUGUCAGUGCGAAGACAAUGAGAGAAUAAAGGUUACACUCACACCAAAGGACUCUGUAUCCAGUAUAACAGAACCUAGGCUUAUGUCCUACAGGAAACCUCCGGAACUAGAAUCACUUUGCAAAGCCAAAGGAGAGGGCAAACCUCCUUGUGCCUCGGCCAGCCUUUGUUCCCCUCACCUAAUCACUCUGCUCAUUCUGCUCACAUUCUCUCUUCUUCUUCCAACCAAUCAUCACGGGAGAUGAGUAACUGGACUAUAUCGACUUCAGACGAUACUGAGUGGAAUCCCUGUGGUUACUUGAGCUUAACGAACGCUUUACAGUGAAAAAAAAAUAGCUUUAGACACGUCAACAAAACAGUAGAUACUGCAAGAGAUGAUGUCCUGAUAUUCCGUCAAAUACUCUUGUCAAUCAAAAAGAGGCGUCAGUGACGAGCGAAUUUAACAUUCAAGCGGACUGAUUUGCAGAAGACUGCGAAUUACCCGAAGGGCCUGGAAUUGACUUAAAUUUUAACUAAGCUGAGCUUGUAAAACACAUUUUUAUUAGAAGUAUUUAUACUUUUUGUUUUUCCUUUCUUGUUUUAUAUGUGACAAUUUUAAAAUCGAAAUACCUAUGCAAAUGUGCAAGGAUUUUUAUGCCUUGAACCGUUGUGCCUAGAGUGGUCAAGCUUCUAGUACACCUCGUUUAAUUUCCAUAGAGGUGGAGAAAUAACGGCAUUCUGUACUUAAUAGCUUAGUGACAAAUCUCACCGAUUCUUUGUGACAUUUGUCUUCGUGUUUUUGUCUUUUUAUCACGAACAAAGUGCUAUGUCAUGCCUGUUAUUUUGACUGAUACUUUUAGUCUCGCACAGAUAAAGAAGUUUCUCGCGCUAAGGUAGUUUCAUCAGAAACACACAUCUGUAAUCGUAAUUUCUUGUCGCGGGCCAUGGCUAUUGUGGAAUUCGGUGGUGUUUCACCUGGUUUUUGUGCUUUCGUUAUUGUUUUGAUCGAAAAGUACUCGACCUUAAUCAAACUACAUUACAGAUAGUAACAGUUCGUUGUUUUCUGUGAGUUUAAUUCCAUAAGUCCGAAGAUAAUUUAAUUUGGUCAUCGCUACCGGUACCAAGUGCCCGAUUUUGCCGCUAGUGAAUUGUACUACGAUGUUGGUUAACCCUUUCAAAGAAGCACAUUGUAGUUUCUUUUAUAAGCUUAUAGAAUUGUGAGCACUGUUAGGUCUUAAUUAAUAGAGCAAUUUUGCGAACAGCAUACAACUCAAAUUUACAUUGUUCGUCAAUGCAAUCUACACGCACUAAAGGUUUUGUAGCAAAGUGAUCAGUUUUAAUAAAUAGGAUAACCAGAAACAUUUGUGCAGUCUUGGAUCGCUUUGCAGUCCAUAACGUCAUUUGUACGGCACUUAUAUUAAAGGAAUUAACUGCU